UUUUUCUUGCAGAUUUGAAGGUUACGGAGGAAGCAGCGGACAGCGAGUUGUCAGGUUUCCGCUGGAAAGGGCGACCAGGCCGGGUUUUUCUUGGAGAAAGCGGGGUGUGAGUGUUGCACUGAGACGGAGGACAUGGAUCCCAUGAAAGCACAGCAGCUGGCAGCGGAGUUAGAGGUGGAAAUGAUGGCUGACAUGUACAACCGCAUGACCAACGCCUGCCACAGGAAGUGCGUGCCCCCCCACUACAAGGAGGCAGAGCUGACAAAGGGCGAAUCUGUGUGCCUGGACCGCUGCGUGGCCAAAUACCUGGACCUCCACGAGAGGCUGGGACGCAAGCUGACCGAGCUUUCCGUUCAGGACGAGGAAAUGAUGAGGAAGGCAGCCGUUGGGAGCGGCUAGAGCGAGAGAGACUGAUAAAGGGAUGGAGUAGGAGUGUUUUUUGGGGGGAGGGUUUUGCAAAGGGGUUAAGGUAAAUGGUUUCUCUAGAUGAGAAACUGCAGUUUCAAAGAAAGGGGUGGUUGGUGGGUAAAAAAAUAAAUCUAAAGUCAUAUUCAUGCUGAUGAGGGGCCGUGUUGAAGGACGAUGUGAAGGACAGAGCACCUGGUGGGGCGGGAACGGGCGAAUGCCGCCCUCAAACAUGUUGACUAAGUUGCCAUUUAGAGCUUACAUGAGCUGUCCAUCGGUGACGUGAGCGAUGGUAUGAGGACGCCUCUGAAAACUGGCGAUGGUGAUCCUUGAGCCUCUGCUGGAUCUGUUUAUUUUACUCUCAACUUUGACUGCUGCUCAGUAAGUCACCUGAGAUGUGACGGGACAGGAACAGCCCUGGAUAUAGGAAUAUUUGUAAAAUCUCCACAGUGUUUGUUUUCAUCUGCUUGGAGCACCAAAGAGUUGGGGCUUACUCCAGAAGGACAGGUCACAGGUUAUCAAUCAAACUGUCAGUGACAUGUGUAUGAACAGUUGACUUUUGAGUACUUUGCAACAAUUCUCAUGCUCAUUUUAGAGUUUCAAAAGGCAAACCCCACCCACCUUGGUAUUCCAGGGAGAAUAAAACAAACACCAAGAUGUAUUUGCAUAUACCCUAUGACCCAGUUCUGUAAGAGAUUUGAACUUUUUUUUUAAGAUGUUGAAGCAUGGGUCCUGUUAAUAAGUUGCAGCAUAACAUUUUCUUAAGGUAGGGGUUUAGUGUGCAGAGCAGCAGCUCUUCACAGGUAUGAGUUGUCUGUUAUGCAGACAAAGUAUUAAUUUACAAAACCUCACUGAAAUACAGUAAAAAAAAAUGCACAGGUUCGUACCUGUGAAAUAGAAAAAAGGGGUAGGGGAGAUGUACUGAUAAUAAAUAUUUACGUCAAAAAGAUGUGAUUUCUUUUUAUACGAGACACUAUGCAUAGUUUACUGUUUUUCAGCCAUGUGCUGUUGUGACACCUCGGCUAGACGGCCAGCUUGGCUGAUGUGGGUUGUGCAGACUUGUUUAGUUAAAGUUUUUGUCAAUCACUUUGCCUGUAUUAUGACAUACUGAUUAUCGCUGCAGUCAUUUUUCAUGCAUGUACAGACUGUCGUGACGUGUGUCAGUGGUGGACCAUGUUUUUGACUGUGCUAUACUUUUGAUUUUGGCUCUGUUUAACCCAUUGUAUAAGCAGAGGGGGUUUUAUCCAGCGAGUGAUGCGACUGUCCGCUCUUCUGUACUUCCUGUUUUUUUUUCUCGGUACACUGGGGGAAGCUGCACAGUGUCAUCAUGAUAAUUAGCCUAAUAAAGUUGUCGUCCAUUGUU